AUCUAGCAAACAAUCAAACCUGCUGCAUCAGAGAAAAAAAAGGGAUUCACUUUUUUCUUGUAGCAAUCCUGUGGUUUUCCAUUUUUCAACCAGCAAGAAAAAACAAAACCUGUGGUUUUUAUUAACGAAGCCCACUCCGUCUUUCCUUCAAUCAUAUAAACAAACACACAGCACGGCCUCAAAAAAUUUCAAACGCCCAAAACCAAGAAAUCCCGCUAAUUUAUUUAUUUUUGCUACUUUUUUUUUUUUUUGUUGUGGGCGCUUAGCUCUUUGAUACGGUUCAAAAGUGGUUCAUUAUUUUCUCUGGUCAGCUUUCUUGUCUUGGCUCUAGCAUGAGGCUUGCUAAGGAAGAACUGUCUAUGGCUGAACAAGUCAUUGAUUUAAUUUCAGCAGUGAAAGAGUUACACGGUCUUAGCUCUCAGGAGCUUAACAAAUUGUUAAGGGACUCUGAAAAUUUUACAAUUCACUUUCAUUCUGAAAAGGGAUCAACGACAAAGAUUGAUGUGGAAAAACUGGCAGGCUUCCUUCCUUUACACCUUAUUGCAGUGCUUAUGUCAUCUGAUAGAGAUGAAUCGCUGUUGAGAUAUUUGUUGUGCGGGAUUCGGCUUCUGCAUUCCUUGUGUGAUCUAGGACCUCGGAACAGUAAACUUGAGCAGGUUUUGCUUGAUGAUGUUAAAGUAUCAGAGCAGCUGCUGGAUCUGGUGUUUUAUUUACUGAUUGUUCUUAGUGGUUAUAGACAGGAAAACCUUAAUUCAUGCUCUUUGUUACUUGUGCAUUCAGCACUUGUAGCAUCCAGUCUGCAUUUAUUGUCAGGAUGUAUAUCUUUGCAAUGGCAAGAUCUUGUUCAAGUAUUGCUUGCUCACCCCAAGGUUGACAUAUUUAUGGAUGCAGCUUUUGGAGCUGUUCAUGUAGCCAUUAGAUUUCUUCAGGUCAAGCUAUCAGAUCAAUAUACUGGUCUUCAUGCGAAAAGUCCAACAGCUGAACAAAUAGUUAACUAUAUCUGCCAACAAUGUGAGGCUUCUUUACAGACUCUUCAGUCAUUGUGCCAGCAAAAGAUGUUUCGCGAGCGCCUUCUUAGGAACAAGGAACUAUGUGGAAGGGGAGGUGUUCUUUUUCUGGCCCAGGCCAUCUUGAAGUUAAACAUCACACCUCCUUUAGUAGAUUCUUUCACAGUUGUAGCUGCAGUAUCUAGACUGAAGGCUAAAGUGUUAUCGAUUCUAUUGCAUCUGUGUGAAGCAGAAAGCAUUUCUUACCUUGAUGAGGUUGCAAGCUCUCCAUGGAGCCUUGAUUUGGCAAAGUCUGUAGUAUUAGAGAUUCUUGAAUUACUGAAGGCUGCACUUAGCAAAGAUCCCAAUCAUCUUAGUCCAUGUUCAGACAGAACUUUUCCCAUGGGGCUUUUGCGACUCAAUGCUAUGCGUCUGGCUGAUAUCUUCUCAGAUGAUUCAAAUUUUAGAUCUUAUAUCACAACAUGCUUUACCAAAGUUCUGACUGCUAUAUUUUCGCUCCCUCAUGGAGAUUUUUUAUCAAUUUGGUGUUCUUCUGAAUUUCCACCAAGAGAAGAAGAUGGUACUCUGGAGUAUGAUGCAUUUACAGCAGCUGGGUGGUUUUUGGACACAUUUGCAGCAGCGAACCAAUCAAAUGCAAUAAAUUUAGAAAUUACUUUAAUUCCCAGUAACAUGCCCCAAGCUAUGUAUGCACAUCAAAGAACUUCAUUAUUUGUGAAGCUAAUUGCCAACCUCCACUGUUUUGUUCCAAACAUAUGUGAAGAGCAGGAAAGAAACUUGUUCCUUCAUAAGUUUCUGGAGUGCAUGCGGAUGGACCCAUCUAAAUCAUUGCCUGGGUUUUCCUUUACUUCUGGUGCUCUAAGAGCCGUAACAGUUUGCAGGAACCUUCGUUCGUUGUUAAGUCAUGCAGAGUCUCUAAUUCCUAACUUUUUGAAUGAGGAGGAUGUACAGCUGUUAAGGGUAUUCUUUAACCAGUUACAAUCACUGAUUAAUCCUACUGAUUUUGAAGAAAACCAAGUUCAAGAUAUCAAAUCUGAGAGGUCAAUAUCUUUGGAUAAGUUCUCUAGACUUACUAUUGAUGAGCAUCUUCAGGAAGCUCAAAGCACUGGGGCAUACAGAUCACCUAUGGUGAUGAAGGAACCUUCACAUCUUUACCACAGGACAGAUAUCCAAAAAGAGGAAAUGUCAGAGAAUUCAGCUAUCCAAGAAGAGGAGAAGCCUAGUUUCAAAAAUAGGAAUCAAGCAGAAGAUGCAAUUAAGGAAGACAAAGCUAAAUCUGGUGCAUGUGUAUCUGAUGUUUUAAGAGAGAUUGAUAGAGAUGCUCAUACUGUUGAAACAAGUGGUUCAGAUACAAGUUCCACUAGAGGGAAGACUUAUGCAGGUCAAGUAGUGAAUGGUGACUUCCUAAAAUCAAGUGAGCAUAUAAAACGAAAUGGUUGUCAGGGAGUUUGUGGUGGUGAGAAAGUUGAAAGUCCCCAUUUUGAAGAAAAGCAGCCAAGAAAAAGGAAGCGGACUAUUAUGAAUGACUAUCAAAUCACACUUAUGGAGAAAGCCCUACUAGAUGAACCUGAGAUGCAGCGAAAUGCCGCAGCGUUGCAGUCAUGGGCAGAUAAAUUGAGUCUUAAUGGAUCAGAAGUUACACCUUCACAACUGAAAAAUUGGCUCAACAAUCGCAAAGCAAGGUUAGCUCGUGCAGGCAAGGAUGUCCGUGCACCAAUGGAGGUUGAUAAUACAUUUCCAGAAAAACAAGUUGGACAAGUACAGCGGCAGGACACGCCUGAGAGCCCCAGUGAAGACAACACCACAUUGAGUGCAAAAGGCCUUCAAAACACAUCAGAAAUUGGUGUGUUUGGAGAUCCCGAGGCUGGGAUAGGAUUAGCAGACUUCGUUGACAUUGGUGCUUCAGAAUUUGUUCAGUGCAAGCCAGGGCAGUUUGUUGUGCUUGUAGACGGGCAAGGAGAAGAGAUUGGUAAGGGAAAGGUAUAUCAAGUGCAAGGCAAAUGGUAUGGAAGGAUAUUGGAGGAAUCAGAGAUGUGUGUCGUGGAUGUUACAGAGCUCAAGACUGAGAAAUGGGUGAGGCUUCCAUACCCAUCCGAAACCACAGGCAUGUCAUUUUAUGAAGCUGAACAGAAGAUUGGGGUGAUGAGAGUGUUGUGGGAUUCGAACAAAAUAUACAUGUCACGACCUCAAUGCUAGUUUUUUUUAGCUAGAAUGUAGUGCUAGUGGCUGGCUACCAGGGGCAUCGUUCUUUCUUUUAAGUUCCCAAUCAUAAGCUGGUUCAGGUUCUGAAGUUUAGCUCUGUCGUUUUAAAUGGAAGUUAGAAUUAAAUGACAUAAAAGUAUGGCACCACA